GUGGCCGCAUUGACCAUGCCCAUCAUGCUAACCGUGCAAAGCUUGCCCUUCAGGAGACGCUCGAAUUCGAUGAGGCCGUCAACAAGACAGUGAGAAGUCUUCCUGAAAAUGAAACCCUCUACGUUGUGACAGCAGAUCAUUCGCAUACGAUGAGUAUAGCAGGCCACCCGAGUCGGGGAACAAACAUACUGGGACUAGCUGGAAACACCACACUACGGAGAGAACCUAAAAGCACAUACACUGUACUGUCCUAUGCGGUUGGACCAGGCUACAGAGAACGUGAAAAUUAUACGGAAGAAGAGACAUCGAGCGACGAUUUCCUCCAGCAAUCGACGUACCCUUUAUGGAGUGCCACUCAUGGCGGGGAGGAUGUGGCCGUUUAUGCCAAAGGACCGUGGGCACAUCUCUUCGACGGCGUAAACGACCAGACGUACAUUCCCUACGUUAUGGCAUACGCUUCGUGCAUAGGCCAAUUCAACGGCAGCAAAUGUCAUCAAUACAACGCUUAGACACGUUGUUUUUAGAAGCUGUA